AUGGCCAAAAACAAAGUGAAAGGAAUCCGUGGGAGCCAGCUGUGGCUUCUCCUGAUUUUCAGGAUUAACUCCCAUGCCUGGACUUUGUCAAACAGCAUGAGUAGCCUGGCUCCACCAAAAGCCACCUUGUUGUUCAAGAGUAACAACAAGUCGCAGCGGCUGCGAACAGCUCCCGCCCCGCAGGAGGCUACCACAGGGGCGAAUCCCGGCAACUCCUCCUCCUGGGCCUCGAGCUCGCGCGGAUCCCGCAGCAGGAGCUCCUCCUGGCUCAGGGCGGGGCCACGUCCACGGCCCGUGCCAUUUCGGAAAUUACGAUCUCCUGAGAUCACGCCUUCCUCCGUGAUGCUUCGAGGCCGGGUGUGCGCGCUCGCGCGUGUGCGGGUCGACGCCAGGGAGGAGCGUACCUUGACCGCUUGUAUCACUUCAGCGCGCAGCGGGCACGGCGUCCGGUCGCCCCCGGGUGUCGGCCGACGGGCGCAGCCUCCGCGCUGUCGGGUCGGGAAGGACGAGGCUUCCGUCUCCACCGCGCCGAGGUGCGCAAGGCGGCGUGCAGACGGCCGCGGGGGGCGCCCCGGCCGGAGCCCGGCUGGCGGCGCCCCGGCGCUCCGCGUUCGAGUGUUCGGGAGUCGCGGCCGCGGGGCGGGCAGAGCGGGCCCCCGAGAGCGCCUGCUGCCCGCGGAAGGCUCGGCCGCCGCCGGUGCCCAGGGGCACGGCUGUCCGCGGAGAGAGCCGCGGGGCCCUGCUGCGGAGAAAGCCCUAGAAGCCUGCGGCGCGGGGGCGGCGGGGGCGCCGGGGGCGCCGGGGGCGAAGGCCAAGGAGCUGCCGACGAAGUGCGCCGCGCCGGCCGCCGCGGAGCGGGAGGGAGCAGCCGCGGGGGCGGCGGAGGGCGGGCCGGCGAUGCCCGAGGAGGCGGAGGCGGCGCGGGCCGAGGCCCCGAAGGUCGGCAGCUGCGUGGACUCGCUGGAGGCCAUCGACCAGGAGCUGUCGAACGUCAACGCCCAGGCCGACCGGGCCUUCCUGCAGCUGGAGCGCAAGUUCGGCCGCAUGCGCAGGCUCCACAUGCAGCGCAGGAGCUUCAUCAUCCAGAACAUCCCGGGCUUCUGGGUCACGGCCUUCCGCAACCACCCGCAGCUGGCGCCCAUGAUCAGCGGCCGGGAUGAGGACGUGAUGAGGUACAUGAUCAAUCUGGAGGUGGAGGAGCUCAAGCACCCCAGGGCCGGCUGCAAAUUCAAGUUCACCUUCCAGGGCAACCCCUACUUCCGCAACGAGGGGCUCGUCAAAGAGUACGAGCGCCGGUCCUCGGGCCGGGUCGUGUCCCUGUCCACGCCGAUCCGCUGGCACCGGGGCCAGGACCCCCAGGCCCACGUCCACAGGAACCGGGGAGGAGACACCAUCCCCAGUUUCUUCAGCUGGUUCUCGGACCACAGCCUCCUGGAAUUCGACAGGAUCGCGGAGAUCAUCAAGGCCGAGCUGUGGCCCAACCCCCUGCAGUACUACCUGAUGGGCGACGGGCCGCGCCGGGGCAUCCGGGACCCCGCGAGGCAGCCGGCCGAGAGCCCCAGGUCCUUCCGGUUCCAGUCCGGCUAGCGGCGCCCCGGCCGCCCGCGCCCCCGCGCCCCCGCGCCCCGAACCUGCGCCUGGCCCGCAGCCGCCGUCUGUCCGCCCGUCUUGGCGCGGCCCCGCCGCGGCCCUGCUUCUCCUCGCCCCUCAGUCGCUUGCAAGGUCGACCCUUGGAUGCUCGCGUCCGCCCCCGGCCCUCGGGCCCCGCGCCCUGGUCCACGUCCCGCGUGCACGCGCCGCCUCGGCCCGGCCCGGCCCGGCCCGGCCCCGCCCGGCCCCGCCCUCAGUGCAGCUGCUCACCGGCCGCCGCGCGGCUGAGGCGGCUGAGGCGGGAAUGAGGCCGCCGGCGAGCGCCCGGUGCAGCUGCGUGGCUCCUCUGCCGGGGGCCCCGUGGCUGCGGGCAGGUGGGCAGCGCUGUGUGCCUGCGCCUGGAGCCGCCGCGGCCCCUGGACCUGGGCAGCCGCCCCCUCCCUCCCCCCCCCGGGGACCCGGAGGACCCGUUUGCGCUCCGUGGGGCCGUCCCUCCCCCUCCCCCUCCCCCCCCUCUAGAACAGCUCGAGCUCCGAAGUGCAGAGCCACGUGGGCCAGAGCGGCCUUUGUGCUUCGCCCGCUCCCGCCCUGCAGUGUCGGGGGGAGGACGAGAGCCCCGAGAGCCGGCCCCGGCCCUUCCCGCGCUCGUCCGCCCCCGCCCCCCAGCUCCGAAAGUCUCCGACCGAGACCUGUGGGCGACUGGUGGCAGCCGUGGCCGUGGCGUCGGGGCCGCGGCGACCCCCUCGCCCCGCCCGUUCCCCGACUGCUGCGAAGUGGUCUCCGAAGGGCCCCGGGAAGCUGGAGCCCGGGGGGUGGGGGUGGGGGGGUGAAGCUUGUCCGGGAGCCCAGGGGGACUUGAUGUGCUUGAUGUUUAAACAGGAUGCUUGGAGGACUUUUCCCGAAUUCCCUUGAAUUCACCAGUAGAUUUUUGUACACAGAAAUGCAAGUCUGGAUGUCUUCUCUCUGUUACUACAGGAGUGAUCUUCUCUGGAGUAUCGGUGGUGUACGCUCCUUGUUUCUCUGUGUUUGAGUGAGGUCCUGUUCAUUCCUUUCUCUACCUUUGCUUGCCGGCAAAAUCGACACUUGGAGGCCUGCUUUUUGCUCGUAAUUGAGAACGUGUGCAAAAGUAUCGAACUUGUUUCCUGUGCACUCUGAAACCUGUGAACACUCAUUCAUAUAUCAGCUUGUCCUGGUGUCUUCACGCGUAGUUCUGUUCUUAGAAAUAUGAUCUGAAUGUGAUCUUUGAGAUUUUGCAAGUUGUUGCCAUGUCUUGUGAAAGUAAAGCCCUGAAAACCCCCCAUAACUCGUAUUGUCGCGAUAUUUCUUGCCCUGAUAGUAACGUGGUACCCGACAUCUUAUGUCCCUAACCAGUGUAAGUACUAGUAGAAUUGCUCUGUCAAACUAAACAGGGUCGUUAAGUACUUUAGUAUUCUGUGUGCUCAGAGGAAAAAUAAAGUCUGUCAGUCUGCUGUAUUUCUUGUUUUCACCAAAAAAUAAAAAUGAAGUUCUGUGUUGUCUAGUCCAAUAAAAGAUUGAGAGAUCAUUAAAGUUAUCAAAUUAUCACAGUAAACAUUUGUCCUGAAGUUUCCAAAAAAAAAAAAAAAAAAAGCCACCAAAUUUCUAAGGUGCUUUUUUGCUUAGAAAAUGGUAAAUAAGAGGCCUAACUACAUGCUCAUGAACAUAAUUUUUCUAUUCAACCAGUAUAGUUUUUGAAGGUAAUUAAAGCACCAUUUCUUGUUUUUGGUCACUUACUUAAAAUAUUUACAGUGGAAAACAUUUUUGGCUUUUUAUGUUUUGAUUCCAGGUAAUCUACCUACACUGUUCUAUUAGUUUCAGGUCUACAAUACAGUGAUUUCAACGAU